UAUUUUUUUAAAACAAAAUGUCAUGUGUCAUCUUUUUUGCUGAUAAAUCUAUUUCUAUGCUAUGUAGAAUGUUUUAAUACUUUUAAUAAUUCUUGAUAGAUCAUGUUUGUUUCUGUCUGUCUGUGUGACAUCCAAGAGAAAUGAGUACACAUGAGGAUGGUAGAGACUUCGAAGACAGAUACACAGCAUGCUUCGUUGAUUUUGGGAUGAAAAUAUGCACCGGUCUCCUGAUUGGCAGUUUGUUGGGUGGAUUCUUUCUUCGCGGCUACAAGAAGUGGCCAAUGUACAUCGGUGGGGGAUUGGGCUUCGGAAUAGCUUACAGUAACUGUGAGAACAGCUUGAACAACUUCCUACUUGCUACGGAUCCUAAAGUGUGUGUUAUAAAAAAAACACCAUGAUAUAUUAAUACGCGCCUGGCACAACAUCGUCCGUACGUUCAAUGGAUAACAUAAUUCUUUUACUUCUUUUUUUGCAUAAAUAAAGUCACAUUUUUAAUAGCA